AUGUCAUUUUUCGUAAUUUUCGUCAUCAUCAGCAAACUGUCAACUGUGUCGGUUUAUUAUCUCUUUUUAUUCUAAAAAUACAAUAAAAGAUCAGGAAAAGCCUUUUCUUUUUACUGCGCAAUUUAUAUUAAAGUGUAUGGUGGCGUAAAUAAUCUAUACAAAUGUCGAAAUUCGAGGAUAAUCCGUUUAGUGACCCAACCAUAGACAACCCUUUCGCUGAUCCUUCAGUGCAGCAAGUGACUAGAAGUACAAACAAUGCGACGCAAGGUUUGGACGACUACAAUCCCUUCGACGGCCAACAGAAUGCUAACCAAACGACUCCACAGCAGCAGUCACAGCCGGCCAUCAUGCAAGCGGUGUCCCCACCCGCCUCCGCUCAGUUCAACCGGCCCCCACCACAGCCCGCUGCUGCUCCCCCACCUAACUUCACCACUGCUGACUUUCAGAGAAGACAAGAGGAGCUAGAACGUAAGGCGGAGGAACUGGCGCGGCGCGAGGCUGAGCUCCGAGCAGGGUCGGCAGGGCGACGCAACAACUGGCCACCGUUGCCUGCCUUUUGUCCCGUGCAACCCUGCUUCUACCAAGACAUCAACGUUGACAUCCCCCUUGAGUUCCAAAGAAUCGUCCGCCAUCUUUACCACUUGUGGAUGUUCCACUCGCUGCUGUUAGCACUGAACAUGAUUGGCACGACGUCUCUUCUAUUUGCCACAAGCGACUUCACACCGUUCGGCCUUUCAAUCCUGUACUUUAUCCUCCUCACACCAUUCAGCUUCGUGUGCUGGUACCGGCCUAUCUACAAGGCCUUCAGGAGUGACUCGUCGUUCAAUUUCAUGGUGUUUUUCUUCAUCUUCCUGUUCCAAAUCAUCAUUACUAUCAUGCAGUCGAUUGGUGUGCCCGAUGGUGGAUUUUGUGGUCUGCUGACGGCGAUCAAGACGUUUAACACGAGCAUCGCAGCGGGCGUCAUCACGCUACUAGUUGCUAUCGGAUUUAUUAUCGCCGCCGUCGCUGAUGUGCUACUCAUGGCGAAGGUGCACCGCAUCUACCGGUCAACAGGCGCGUCGCUAGCGAAGGCCCAAGCGGAGUUCACGACGGAGAUCCUCCGCAACCAGCACGUCCAGACCGCGGCGUCCAGCGCCGCCGCCGCUGCCGUCAACGCCCAGAUCGCCAACGCCAACCGGUACUAGACUCGGUCGGUACCACCAUUCUGAUGGUACUAUACAAUGAGGAGAUUACAAACGAUCGUCAAUACGCGCACGGGCAAAGUACACAAUAAAUUCGUCAAUCGAGAUACUACUGUAAGCUUUUUCUGAUAUUAAACUAUUCAGAUUUUAUAUAUUUUCUCAACUUUAAUAUGGUUGGCGUGUCUUGUAUGUGUAUUCUACCUCGAGUGUUUGAUCAAAUUAUGUACCUACAUACUUGGGGCUAUAGACUAAUUUAUCUUUCGGUAACGCGCAGUGAGCUAGACAUGUUGACGAUAUUGUGUUUUUACGAAGCCUAGCUUAGUUUUCAUUUGACUAGUUUGUUCAUUUGUAGCAUGGAUCCUACACUGGAAUAUUUGAUAAAAGGUUGAAUCACAUCUCUCACUACAACUGGCAGUGUGUUUGAUGCAUUUGGCCAAAGUCUAGCGUGCGGCAGCGUUCCGCCGCGUGCGGUAUUCUCUCGCUCUAGCAAAUGAUGGUUCUGUGUGACAGAAAAGGAUAGAAAAGUUGCGGUGCGGCUCGAUGUAGUUCAACCCAUGAUGUGACGUUUUUUGGUCAUCACAUUACCAAACUUCUAAAAAUAUUACCACAUAUUUUUAUAGAGGAAAUAAACCAAGCACACUAUACGCGUUCUAUUAUGAAGAGAACCAGUUAUUCUUCAAGGAUAUAUCCAGUCAUCUUUAUGUGUGGUGCACAAAAAACGUAAAACGAAGGUAUCCAUGAAGGUAAUAGAAUGAAUGAAUACUAACUAUAUAUUGCGUCGUAAGGCUGUGUAAAGUUUUAUAUUAUAACAAUAAUAUUAAAACCUAUUUAUGUUUGCCAAUAGAUCGUUGUUGGCGACACAAGGUAGCAUUUACAUCGAAGUUAUUAAUGGUUAUCUACUAAAUUGUGUAAGGUUGAUAAUUAAUAGCCUGUAUUUAACGCAUAUAAAACGAGGAAAGCAAGUAAGUGGUCGUGAUGCAACAUUAUCGCAAUCAAUACUGAUCUUAAUGGCUUUUAAAUUAAAACCUGUUGCCAAAACUCAUUUGUGCUAUCUUGUGAAGCUCCUAAAAAUAUUAUAUCAAUCAGUGUUGUUUGGUCGAGCGUUACAAAUUAUGAUAUUUAAGAUUUGUCAGUAUUUAGUUGAUUGCUAGUUAUACAUGUAAACUAAUGUUGAUUUACAAAAUAUGAGCUUACUGAUGAUAGUUUUAAAUUCUAUUUUACAUUGUUAUAAAAAUCUAUUACCGUAUUCAUUUUUUUAAAUCACACGUUUCAUAAUUAUUUUGCGUGAAAUUUUCUUUUUAGAGGGUGAUCACUAUGUACUUGUGUUGCUAUAGAAAAAAACAUUCCAAAAACACGAAAAAAAAAUGUAUGUAAAUAUCUUUUAAUUUUCACGUCGAUAUUGUACGUCAGGUAGGUGGUAUCUUAAAUUGAUUCAUAAUGAAUUUUCGUCAACAUUGUAGCAUUUAUUCAGUGUUUUAUAAAUUCAUGUAUAAAUCGUUGUAUUUGGACCAUUUACUUAAUUGUAUCUAGUGUCAAAUUAAUUGAAGGGAUUGGUCCUAUAUAUAGUGAGACUUUUGCAUUAUACAGGUUGAAAGAAAUGGCUAAAAGAAUGAUCAAUUUCGUCAAUUUAUCUGAUGCUUCGUUUUCGUAGGUUUCUAUGUGUGACCCUCUUGCCGUGUGUCGAGAUCCUUAGAUGCACAAGAUUUCAAUUUAGUGUUUAUAUCAUUGUGUAAAAUAAUAAUAGUGUAAGUGAAUAAACAUUUAAGCAUAUUUAACUAGUCACUCGACUAAACAGCUUUGGAAAAUGACUAAAACCGCUUAAGAACCAAUCUAUGUAAUAUUUAACAGAUUAUUGGACUUUUGUACCGAGAGCAUCGCCUUAUAAUUCAUAUGGUAAUCGUUCUGAGAUUUUUCUUUUUAAUUUCUUGAAUGUUGUUCUUGGUUAGAGAGCAAUUAAUGUUUGUUACUAAUUUCCGAAGUGGCUGUAGAUUAUCUAGUAUUUAUUAAUUUACGUAUCAGGGGUCCUCGCUUGGGGCGCCGUAAAUGGGUAUGUACUGUAUGGGCCUAGCAUAAUGUAAAUUAUUAUCAGACCGUCCUACCCUACUGACUGGGAGCGAAGGCAUGUAGAUUAUUCUAAAUGUUUAAAAUGUUUUGUAACGAUUAAGUCAUGUUAUAAACUUAUGAUUAAUAAUAAAUAUAGUUUCAGAA